AUGGCAAUCAAGUUCAUCUUCUUAGCAUCAUCAUCCCUGUUGCACGGACUGCUGCUCUAUUCCUUCUCAAUAGCAGCUGAGCCUCUUCAGGACAAGGACACUCUGCUCGAUUUCAUCGCCAACAUCGAUCAUUCCCCGGAACUGAUCAAUUGGGACAGAAACAUCUCAGCUUGUGGCGGAGGAUGGACAGCGGUGACAUGCAAUGAUGAUGGUUCGAGUAUCGCCGCGGUUCAGCUCCCCAACGCAGGGCUCAGUGGCAUCAUCCCUACCGACACUCUCUCCCGGUUAUCUGCUCUUCAAAUAUUGAGCCUGAAGUUUAACAACAUCAGUGGCAAUUUCCCCUCUGAUCUUCUGAAGCUGAAGAAUCUGACAGCUCUUCAACUAGAGUUCAACAAUUUUAAUGGUCCAUUGCCUCUGGACUUUACAGGGUGGGAAAAUUUGGAAACAUUGAACCUGUCGAGCAAUGGCUUCAAUGGCAGCAUCCCUCCAUCUCUCUCCCAACUGUCUCAUUUAACUGCUCUGGAUAUUUCAAACAACUCACUUUCCGGCGAAGUUCCUGAUCUCGGCAUCGCUAGUCUGAAACAGCUAAAUUUGUCGAACAAUGAUCUUGUUGGAUCAGUGCCUCCAUCUCUCCUUCGAUUCCCUAAGUCUGCCUUUGCAAGUAACAAUAUGCUCAAAUUUCAUAAACUUCCCAUUGUGGGAAUUGCUGUUGGUUGUUCCGCAGCAGUAGCAGUAUUUGUUGCAUUGGUGUUGAUCUUUAUCAGAAGGAAGAAAACUUCGAACUCUAAUGCUCCCAUACUUCCAUCAUCACGGCGAAAAGCUACAGCAAUGAUGACGAGUUCAGGCGUGUCGAAUCAUUGCAGCAGCAUGAUAUUUUUCGAGGGAUGCAAUCUUGCAUUCGACCUCGAAGAUCUGCUGAGGGCGUCUGCGGAGGUUCUUGGCAAGGGGAGCUUCGGGAUGACGUACAGGGCAGUGUUGGAGGACGCAAGCGCAGUUGCAGUCAAGCGUCUGAAGGACGUUCUUAUCGGCGGAAAAGAAUUCAAACAGCAGAUGGAAGUAGUCGGAAACAUCCAUCACGACAACAUCGCUCCAUUGAGAGCUUAUUACUAUUCCAAGGAUGAAAAGCUGAUGGUUUACGAUUUCUACUGGCGAGGGAGCUUGUCGGCAUUACUGCACAACAUGCAGCAGAGGGUGCCUUUGAGCUGGGAAGCAAGGUUAAAGCUCGCGAUAGGGGCAGCAAGAGGGAUUGCUCAUAUCCAUUCACAGGGAGGUGGGAAGCUCAUUCAUGGGAACAUAAAAGCUUCGAAUAUUUUCCUCAACAGCCAAGACUACGGCUGCAUAGGUGAUCUCGGGUUGGCAACAUUGAUGAGUCCUAUGGGAUCAUCGGUGCUGCAGAGUGCAGGAUAUUGUGCGCCGGAGAUCGCGAGUACUGGGAGGUUGUCGCAAGAGGGAGAUGUGUACGGCUUUGGAAUUGUACUGCUGGAAAUUCUAACAGGAAAGUCACCUGCUAUAACUUCAGGCAGGAGAAAGGAAGGGAUGCACUUGGUGAAAUGGGUUGAGGCUGUCGUGCACGAGGAGUGGACGGGCGAGGUGUUCGACCCGGAGCUUAUGAUGAUGUAUGUUGAUGUGGAUGAAGAAAUGGUGGCUAUGUUGCAGGUGGGGUUGAGCUGCGUGGCGGGAGCGCCCGAGCAGCGGCCGAAGAUUGGGGAGGUGUUGAAAAUGGUGGAGGGCAUUAGAUCAUUUUGAUCCUCCUUGUGGCUCUAGAGGCAGAUAGAGAGACCUAUUUCUUGCAUUGUUAGUUUUUGUUUGGUUUGGUGAAGUUAGUAGCUGAUUGAAUGGUGAUUCCUGGAGCUAUCCUUACUGUUCUCAUUUGUGAUAUUGAUCUUGGAGAGGUUGGAGGUUGGGAAGCUGACAGGUAACCUACCCGACUAAUUUGAUUGAAUUGAGGUAGAGUCAGAUGUCAAGUAGAAUUAAUAUAUAUAUAUAUAUAUGUAUACAUAUUCUUCCUGCCUGCCACUGAUGUUCCAAGAAUACCAGCAUCAGGGGAGGGGUCUUCUACAUUUUAUUUUUUUUCUUUUAAUUCUGGUUCCAUCCAUGGCUGAUGGAUGAUCUGCUCACCCCCUCAAUUGCUAAAUUCAUCUUUCAUGUAAUAAAAGAAUCUACUUUGCCUGGA